AUGGUCAGCCAACACGGUGUGCAGGGAGUGCUGGGGGAAGGUAAGAUCGAGCUAUUCGUCACACCGUCAUUCAACCAGCGUAGGAAGCUUAAGGUCAUCAACCAGAUGGGAUUCAUGUUGAUAUGCAGCACCUCAAGAGUGGAGAAGUCAAGUAUGUCACAUUCAGCGCGAAACUUCAUGGCAAUCAACUUCAAGGACGGCGUCAUUCUCGGCGCAGACAGCCGAACCACAACCGGAGCAUACAUUGCCAACCGAGUGACGGACAAAUUGACACAAGUGCACGAUACCAUCUGGUGCUGUCGAUCCGGGUCAGCAGCGGACACCCAGGCCGUGGCUGAUAUCGUUUCCUAUCAUCUCAAUAUGUAUGGCGUGGUCAACGAUGAAGCUCCCAGCACACAAGUGGCCGCCUCUCUUUUCCAGGAGCUGUGCUAUGAGAACAAGGACGCUCUGAGCGCGGGCAUCAUCAUCGCGGGAUACGAUCCUCGUCACGGCGGUCAGGUAUACUCGAUUCCCCUCGGUGGAUCUCUGCACAAACAGUCCUUUGCCAUUGGCGGCUCUGGGUCGACUUACAUCUACGGUUAUACGGAUGCCCACUGGAAAGAAAACAUGACGGAGGAAGAAGGCAUUGACUUUGUGCGGAGUGCUUUGCAAGAGGCCAUCAAAUGGGACGGCAGCUCAGGCGGUGUCAUUCGCAUGGUCGUGCUGACCAACCGAGGCGCUGUGCGGCACCUUUACCUGCCAGACACCAACUACACCGGGCCUGGUGUGACAAAUUAG